AUGCAAACCUAUUACAAAUUGGCAUUUUAAACUCUCAAAAAUUUUUGUGAUCUCCAAAUCAUCAGUGAUCAAGAGAAAACCUAUAUGAAAGAGUACAUCCUCAAUUAGAAUGUACAUCCUGAUGUAGAGAUGAAUUUGGACUAAAUUUCCAAGUUCAUUCUAUAAAAGCUUGGGAAGAUUAGACAAUCCGAAAAGAAAAACUAAAACAAAUACGAUAGUUUAAUAUCUAUCGAGGAAGAAACUGAUGAAGACGACCUCAGAUGA